AUGGAGAAUAACAAAGAUGUCAUUUUAAUUACAACAUUAUUGCCAAUGACGAUUGUUAUUGGAAAUGUAUUACAUUGGGAAUGUGGUAAAAAGUGUAGCAGGUAUCUACAAUCAAAUAAAUGCUGCAACACUAACAGGUGCCAUUGAUAUUGUGGUCAUUAAACAAGAAGAUGGCAGUUUUAUUGGAAGUCCGUUUCAUGUACGCUUUGGGAAACUGGGAGUACUGAGCAGUCGUGAGAAAGUUGUUGAAAUUGCUAUCAACAAUGUUGAAGUGGAUUUGCAAAUGAAACUCGGUGUAGCUGGUGAAGCAUUCUUUGUGGAGCGCGCAUCAAUGAAGGAGAGCAUACCUUUAAAUCUUGCAACAUCACCAUUACCUUCUUCAUCAAAUUUGCUUGAUUUUCAAUUUAGUCAUGAAAAUGUCAAGGAUUUUAUUACGGAUGACGAAGAGACACAGAAUUCGGACUACUUGACUAUGAAUGUAAAAGCAACCAGAACAUCUUCUAUGCCUAUCAUUCCAAACGAAAGUCCAAACAAUGAUAUACGUAAGCAUCAAUCAGAUAAUAUUGCAAUACCUGGUGUAGAUAAGACAAUGUUAUAUGGGCUAAACCAAGACCAUGAACAACAUUUAUCAAUUCCAGCAUUAGCAACUUCCAAAAUCAGAGAACUGCAAUCAAAUUACCCCCUCUCAGAUAUGGACAGCCCUAUAUCAACCCCACUAUCACGAAGCCCUGAAGAUCCAUCACCGAUUCGUCAGAUAUUUAGUGACACUGAGGCAGAAGUUGGUGUUGAAAAGACAUCAUCGGUUAAUCAAAAUAUAACCUGGGAGUGGGGCAUGCUUCCAAAGAGUCCUGCUAUUCAAAAAAAGAGUCCGAGGGACAAUAAAUCCAGCACUACGGAGCGAAAGAGAAAGGCAGAGAAACAUAGAAAGGCUAAGCGAGAGACACUGCAAGAAAAAGUUAGCUCUUCCGAGGGUUUGUUGUUGGAGGAUGUUUUGGCAGCUGACAGGGAGGUUGCGCAACUAUAUCUGAAUAGGGCGAAUUCUAUCGAUGACGUCGACUCCGGAUGUGGGCGAGAGUCGACACCAGUGACGUCAUCAAUUGGAGAUAAUGAAGAACACACUAAUGCCACCUCUUCUCCAACUGACGAGCAAAAUAAAGACGACACUCUACCACUUUCAGAUCUAAGUGAACCUGGUGAACUUGAUAUGUCAUUGUGUGGCGACCUGAAGAAUAGGAUGGUUGAACCAGAGAAGUUUUUAGAGUCACGAGUAACAUAUGAACAGUUUUGUGAAAAUCCAGAAUUACUGAACGAUCCGAAGCUGGUCAUCAGGAUAGAUAACAGGUACUACAAUUGGGCGGUUGCAGCGCCCUUUCUUAUGUCGCAUUUGGUGUAUCAAAAAACUUUGCUGCCUGACAGUUUAAAGCAACUCAAGCAAAAAUACAUGCCUAAAAAAAGGCGGGGAUGGUUUUCGUGGAGAACUGCGCCCGAGGAAUCAUCCGACGAAGAUAAAAAUGACGACAAGAAAGGAUCACAUCUGACACCCCAACGACAGUUGAGCAGUGCUGACGAGUUGGAGUUAGAGAAUGGAAGUAUCUCUGUGCACACAGUUGAUCAAACCGAUUUCACUGAGUUUAAGAAGACUUUGCGUUUGACGUCAGAACAUUGGCGUUCAUUGAAUCUUCAACAUGGCGCCAACAAAGUAACGUUUACAGUCACGACGAGAUACCAGGGCACUGCAUCUUGUGACGCUCGUAUCUUUCUCUGGAAUUAUUCCGAUAAAAUUGUAAUUUCUGAUAUUGACGGGACCAUAACCCGAUCAGAUGUAUUGGGGCAAAUCCUUCCCGCUGUUGGUAAAGACUGGUCACAGAGUAACGUCACUGGAUUGUUUAGUAAGAUAAAAAAGAAUGGCUAUAACUUUAUGUAUUUAUCUGCGAGGGCGAUUGGACAGGCUCAAAUUACAAGAGAUUUUUUAAAGAGUGUUAAACAAGGAGAAACGACAUUACCUGAUGGCCCAGUUCUCUUGACUCCUACUUCACUAUUUAAUGCAUUUAAAAAAGAGGUGAUCGAACGAAAGCCAGAAGAAUUCAAGAUAUCGUGUAUGCGAGACGUGCAGAGCUUAUUUCCGAAAACCUCCAAUCCGUUCUUUUCUGGUUUCGGAAAUCGACUAAAUGACGUUUGGGCAUAUCGAGCAGUUGGUAUUCCAAUUUCUCGCAUCUUUACAAUCAACUAUAAGGGAGAGAUCAAGCACGAACUGACGAAUGCGUUCACUUCAUCGUAUGGCAAACUAAUCGACUUGGUUGACCAAAUGUUUCCUCCUUUAACUUCUUCGAAAACGACCGAUCCAUCGAGAUCAGAAUACACAUUAUUUUGUUAUUGGAGAACUCCUGUUAUGGCGGUGCCAGAAGACGAUGUUGACGAGUUUGAGUUUCCAUAAAGACCUCCAUUAACAAAUCAUGCUUUAUAAUGACUUAUUAUUUACUCUGCAGUUAAAAAAACUUUCGUCACACAACAAAUUAGAGUCAGCGAUGCGUUAUUUUAUUUUUAGUACUAUUUUUAAAUUGCGUAGAUGUUUAACCAGGAUAGAAAUUCAAAGGAGAAAAAAAAUUCAUCCGUAAAACUAAAAAUUUGAACGGUAUAUUUAUUUCAAUCGUAAUGACAAACUCCUGUCCUGAUUUUAAAAUUUUAUGUAUGGACAAGCUGAUUUCAACAGUGUUUUCAAUUUUUUUCAAUCUUUUUUGUUACUUUAAAAAAUGCUUAUUAAUCAAUAAUAUAUACAUGAAUGGCAUUUUGCAACUAUUUUUUACUACGUUUUGUUUCUUGUUGAAUUUUUUCAUGAGUAAACUGCGCCUUCGUGCUCGUGUCCACGACUAACGUAGUCACAAUCUCCAUGGCAACAAUUCUUUCGAUUGUAACUAAGUUUACACAAUCUUUGUAAAUUUUGCCAAUAAAUGAUAGUGCAUUUUUAUGUAUAUUGUAUAGAACGAGAUGAUGACUGGUAUUUUGGAAA